AUAGUAAAUACAAAAUAUGGAUAUUGUUGCUGCGAACUACGACAAACAUAAUAAAAUAUGGAGUGGUCCUAAGAUAGCACCGCUGCAUAACAUUGAACAUCAUUCGGUGGGCAGGAUAUUGUAUGGGCAAAUGCGAACACAUCCAAAGAACAUUUUAUUGAUAGACGAUGAUGAUGACAGAACGGUGACCAAUCAGGAAGCCUUAACGUGGGGCAUUCGCAUUGCUCUCUUUUUAAAAGGUCGACGAAUGCGUCAUGACGAUAUUGUGGGAAUAGCAGCACGUAACACCACCUAUCUGACAUCGGUGGCCCUGGGUUGUUUCUUUAAUUGUACACCAUUUCAUGGAGUCAAUCCCUGCUAUCAAGAAGAUGCCCUCAGUCACUGUUUUCGCAUUACCAAACCCUCUGUGAUUUUUUGUGAUGGCCAUGAUUAUGAGAAGAUAAGAAAUGCCACAAAAUCCUUUAAGGCCGAUAUUUAUACCAUAAGUGAACACAUUGAAGGUGUGCCCUCAAUUUUGGAGUUACUGGAACCAAAUCCCAAGGAACAUUUUUACCAACCUGAAAAACUUACAUUGGGUGCAGAUCAGACUGUGUGCAUAAUGUGUUCUUCGGGUACCACGGGAUUGCCCAAGGCUGUUACCAUUUCAGCACAUAAAUUAAUGUUUGAAAAUCCCGUCCUGACCAGUGAAGACAUUAUUUACACCUCCACCGCCCUGGAUUGGAUGAGCGGUCUGAUGAUCACACUGUUCAACAUCUACAUGUGUUGCACCCGCGUUAUAACACGCCAGCCCUUUACACCGGAACAUUUCAUUGAAUUGGUGAAGAAAUAUAAGAUAACAAAUGUCACCAUUUCGCCAGUGCAAGCUGUAGCCCUACGCGAAUGUCCCCUAUUCACAACCGAGAAUGUCUCGACAAUAAAACUUUUAAAUUGCGGUGGUGGUUAUAUUUCCAAACAAACACUGGCUCAAAUUCAAAAUACCCUACCGCGAUCAAUGAUAUGUUUCGGUUAUGGUCUCACUGAAGCUGGUGGCGUUUCGGGGUAUUUUGGUUUGGAACGUGGCAAUUCAGUGGGUAAACUUGUACCCAACAUACGUUUACGUAUUGUCGAUGAUAGCGGUAGAAAUCUGGGACCCAAUGAAUCGGGAGAGAUUUGGGUAAAUUAUCCUUAUCACUGGGCUGGCUAUUAUGGCAAUCCCAUUGAAACACAACGAAUUUACGAUUCCUUGGGUUGGUUCCAUACCGGUGAUUUGGGUUACAUGGAUGAAGAUGGUUUCCUUUAUGUCAAAGAUCGUAAAAAGGAUAUUUUAAAAUAUCAAGGACUGCAUUUUUGGCCGGGAGAAAUUGAAAAUGUUGUACGAGAAUUAACCGAGGUAUUGGAUUGUUGCGUUGUGGGUAUCUAUGAUGAGCGAUUUGGAGAAGUCCCUGGCGCUUUGGUGGUCAAGAAGAAGGGCGGUAAUGUUACGGCAGAGCAUAUUGUUAACCAUGUGAAGACACGUUUGCCGGAACAACAGAAGCAAUUGCACAAUGGUGUGUAUUUUGUUGAUUCAUUGCCUCACAAUAAUAAUGGUAAAAUUCUGAAACGCGAAGCGAGAGACAUUUUCAAAAAACUAAUGAAAGAAAAACAAACUUUGGAUCGUUAAUCAUCAUUAUUUAUAGAUAAUAUUAAGAAAAAGUUUUAAGUUAAUUAAAAUUAAUAAAAAUAUUUUAACACAAA